CCGGUCGCCGGCAUAGUGCGCUUCCCUCGUUGGCAGAACCAGCAUUCGCAAUAGCAGUAACAACAAUUACAAUCGUAGUAACAGUCGAAGAUCGUCACCAUGGUGUACAAUUUUAAAGUUUUCAAGAAAUGCGCCCCCAACGGCAAGCUGACAUUGUACAUGGGGAAGCGUGACUUCGUUGACCACAUAUCCUUCGUGGAGCCCAUAGACGGCGUGGUGUUGCUGGACGAGGAGUACGUGCGAGGGCGUAAGGUGUUCGGGCAGGUGGUGUGCACGUUCCGAUACGGCCGUGAGGAAGACGAGGUGAUGGGACUCAGCUUCUAUAAGGAGCUUUUCCUCGCCUCCGAGCAGAUCUACCCGCCGCCGGAGAAGCGUCCCUAUGAUCUCACACGCACACAGGAGCGGCUGUUGAAGAAGCUGGGCGACAGUGCGUUCCCGUUCCGUUUGUCGGUGGCGGCGGGCGCGCCCGGCUCCGUCACGCUCCAGCCCGGCCUAGAGGACGAGGGCGAGCCCUGCGGCGUGCAUUAUUACGUCAAGCUCUUCGUCGGCGACUCCGAGAUCGACCGCUCGCACCGCAGGAGCACGGUGGCGUUGGGCAUUCGCAAGGUGCAGUACGCGCCGAGCAAGCCCGGUCCGCAACCGUGCACGGUGGUGCGCAAGGACUUCGUGCUGUCGCCCGGCCAGCUCGAGCUGGAACUCACACUCGACAAACAGCUGUAUAUGCACGGAGAGACGGUGGCGGUAAAUAUGUGUGUGCGCAACCACAGCAACAAGGUGGUCAAGAAGAUCAAGGCGUCCAUACUGCAAGGCGUCGACGUGAUGCUCUUCCAGAACGGACAGUACCGGAACGUGGUCGCCUGCGUUGAGACCCAGGACGGGUGUCCGCUGCAGCCGGGCUCCAACCUGCAGAAGGUGAUGCACCUGACGCCCACGCUCUCCUCGAACCGCGACAAGCGCGGCAUUGCGCUCGACGGACAGCUCAAGCGUUCUGACACCACACUCGCCUCCACCACGCUGUUGCUGGACCCGGAGCAGCGUGAUGCGUUCGGUAUAGUGGUCAGCUACAGCGUGAAGGUGAAGCUGUACCUGGGUGCUAUCAGCGGCGAGCUCGUCGCCGAGCUGCCCUUCAUACUCAUGCACCCCAAGGAAGGGCGCUUGAAGGUGAUCCACGCGGACAGCCAGGCCGACGUAGAGAUGUUCCGCCAGGACACCGUGCAUCACCAGGAGAGCGUCGAGGUGUACUGAGGCGCUGUGACCUGCCGCCGCCCGCCGCUUGCGCUCCGGGAACUUCAUUGACAACGGCUUGAAAUAAUGUUGUAUAUAUUAUGUACAUGUAUCAAUAUAUAAUCCUAGUUAAGGUAGAUCGCCAGGCGACGCUGGCAGCCGCCGCGCUGUCUGGCGCCGGCGCAGUGUCGUGAAAUAUAUUUAUAGAACCGAGUCACUCGACGAGUUUGGCAGAACGCACCAAGCUUGUCCCGCGGCGCUGAUCUAAAUAUUGUCAUACACAGUGUAUAUAUUCAUGCAGUCAGUCUUUGAUGACAUGCAGACAGUCAUUCGUGCUGGUUCACAUGCAGACGGCACGUUCCUCGAAACAGCAAUGUUACUGGAGUGCAAAAGAACCCAUUUUUUCAUUAACAAUUUGGGUUGGCAUACUGUAUGAAUGACUACACUCACACACGAAUCCAUGCUUAUUAACUGAUACUUCACUGCGCUCUCGGACGGUCUCUUUCUAUGACAACUGCGAGGACUACACGAGAAUUCCGAAAAUAAUUCUUUGAGGACUAAGAUGUUAUUCAAUAUUCGAAACCGUAUUAAAAAUAAAAUUGUUAAUUUAUUAUUUGGCAUGUUUUGACUAUUUUCAUACUUUACAAGAAAUGUUGUUAAUUUGUCAUAGAGACGUCAGAUAUCAAUUUUGUUCUAUAUGUAUGUUAUAUUUAAUGUAUUCAAUGUAAUAUUGCUUUGUGAAAUUUAUGACUAUACUCUGUGAUUAAAUUAUUAUACUAUG